UUUCAGAGUAAUAUACACUCUUUUUUGUUUAACAAAUUAAAUGGCGAGUAACUCUUUGAAGGUUUCUUUGCUGACUCUUUUCAUCUUUGCCCUGAUCAUGUCUCCGAUGGCAACCUUGCCGUGCGAUGCAGCAAGGGCGCCGCCGCCGGGAGGACCAGCUCCAACAUCAUUUCCACAUCCGAGAAUUCCCAUUCCCAUAUGCCCUCGAUGUUUGUGUUGUGCUCCUCCUCCAGCUCCAGGCAAAUGCUGCCCCUGCUUUUGCCCUUCUCCAGCUGAACCUCCCAGUUAUUAAAUUCUCACAAAGACAGACAUGAUUAUACAUGCUUUAUCUAAUAUAAUUGUUAUAUGCGUUCACUUUAUAUGUUCGUUUAUGGUUGAUGUGGUUUUGCUUAUUUCUUAUGGA